AUGUGCAGGAAAGUCGUCUUCAAAGGGCAGUGCACAGAAUGCAACAACACCUUCACCUGGGACGAGCUCUCGCAGGAGCUGAGCUGCCUCGAAGCCAAAAACAACGGCGUGUUUGGCAUGUGCAAGGAGGGCGUCCAUGUCGACGAGAAGCCCCAUGACCAGGAGUGCGACCCGUGCUUGGCCGAGAUGGCGGCUGACGAGGGCUACGAUGGCGGUACGGAUGAGGUCGAGCCGUUCGAGUUUGGCGGGGCUUGGUAUGGGGGCAAGAAGGAAGCCGCUGACCGUGAGCAAGAGAAACACAAGGACAAGAAACAGCGGACAACAUGA